AUGGCUACAGGAUUCACUCCCACGUAUCUCAAGGACCCCAUAGACUGGUCCGUUGACGAUGUCAUGACUUUUUUGUGGCCACGGGUGCCCCAUAAAUGGGCUCACAGCUACCAGCCUCCCGACAUUGAUGUGUUGGGACCAAUCUUCCGUGCCAGAGGCGUUAAUGGUAGGGUAUUGCUUCACUCUGUGACCACUGACCUCCUUCGGGUGUCAAUGGGUAUCACUAACAUGAGUGAACGUAUCUACAUCUUGCACAUCAUCCGUUACCUGCGAGAUCACUCGGUUGCUUUUGCUCAUCCCGCUGCCUCAGGCCAGAGCCUUCCAACCGGGCCUGCCACCCCUACUGCUGGCACCCCACUGCAAUCUACAUCCAGCAAGCAACCUAAACGUGCUACCAACCUCAUGACAACGCCACUCAUGCCAAACCAUGCAGGCCUUGCAACUGAUCCAGCUUUCUGGACGCCCCUGUCAAGAGUCCCGGCAACAGCUACAGUUUCGGCACCGCCAAUGGUUUUUGAACCCAACCCACCUGUUGAUGCAUUCACGGCGGAACUUCUACGACGCCACCCACCGGAAACCAAUGAUGACAAUGCCUUGCCUCUGUACGGGGAUUCAGAGAGUUCAGAUUACGAUGCCAAUGAGCAGCGGGAGAUUGAAGAUUUGCCGGAGAAGGAACCCCCCAAUUGGUCCUUCGCACGCAUCCUGGACCAGUUGACCUGGCAGGAUUUAAUGAGAUUGUCGACAAUUUCAUUUCGGAAGAAAGACAGGAAUGGAUUGGUAGCAUCACAAGGGAAUUAG